AUGAGUCUUCUCGAAGUUGUACAAUACUUUGGCGGUGGCUACGACAGCAACCAUGCGCUUUUACCACGGGUGGCCUACACAGAGGGUGAUAACGGUGGAGGCAGCAUCGACCCCCUCCCACACGACCACCGUAGAGGGCUUGUUGCCGUCUUCAUUAUGGCCCUCCUCUCUACAAUCGCGACACUCUCCUUGAUUGGAUUCAUUACUUAUCGACUGGUUUUCUGGCGCUCAAACUAUGCGCGGUACAUUGGUUAUAAUCAGUAUAUCAUCCUCAUCUACAACCUGGUCAUCGCGGAUCUCAUCCAGUCACUCGCUUUCAUAAUAUGUGUCAAAUGGUAUGCGGACAACAAGGUUCAAGCCUCGACGGCCGCUUGCUUCCUCCAGGGCUUCUGGCUUCAGAUUGGAGACCCGGCCAGUGGAAUAUUUGUUCUCGCCAUCGCCUUCCAUACAUUCUAUAUGGUCGCCUUGGGCCGUAAGUUGAGCUACAAGGUAUUCGUCUCAAUCGUGAUCGGUCUUUGGGUGUUUGUUGUUAUCCUUGUCAUCAUCCCGCUGGGGUCCCAUGGAAAGGAUGUCUUUGUUCCGGCCGGAGCUUGGUGCUGGAUCAGCGAAGAAUUCGAACCCAUCCGCCUCUGGACGCACUACGUCUGGAUUUUCCUCGCCGAAUUCGGCACGGUUUCCCUCUACGCUGUUCUAUGGUUCCAGCUUCGUCGACGUAUCAAGCAGUCCGCAAUCCUCGGUAGUACCCACAUUGAGAGUUUACGACGUCUCCGCCGCGUCGUCGGAUACAUGAUUAUAUAUCCAAUCGCUUAUAUUGUACUUUCUCUUCCGCUAGCGGCAGGCCGUAUGGCGACCGCACGAGGCGACACACCAGGUGUCGUAUAUUUUUGCGUUUCCGGUGCCCUGAUUACAAGUUCCGGCUUGGUCGACGUGCUACUCUACACGCUCACUCGGAAGAAUCUGAUCCUAGAGUCCGAGCCGAGUGCUGACCGCAGCUACAACAAGUUCCCAAGCGGAAAAAACCGCGGUGGCGAUUAUCCCAUGACAACAGACCCCAAGAACAUGCGAACGGACAUUAGUGCUUUGCGGACAUUGAAAGGCGGCGACGAAGAUGGCCUCACUCGGGACGGCUCGACAGAUGACAUUAUGCAGACGGCUGCCGUCGAGAUGGCCCCUAUGGGCAAAGUCUACCAACACACCACCAUCCAGAUCACGUCCGAACCUGCAUAUCCUUCGUCAUCCAGCCCAGACGAUGGCGGUAGGUCGAGUGCGGACUCUCUACCACCGACAGGCAGAGCUUCGGCGCAGGGUAGGAGGUGGGGAAGGUAA